AUGGAAUUGACAAAGGUGGGUCUGAUUGCCGAUGAAACAUCCAAGAAUGAACAUGAUGAGCGACAACACAUGCAUAUGACGGAUGCUCGCUGCACCACUUUCGCAGAGCAGACGGGUGGGCGUGAGGGAUAUCAUUCGUGCAGGACAUGUUGGCCGAUUUGUCGGGAGAGGAAUGGCGUGAUAUUAUUGAGAGUUCUUGCUCUCCUCAUCAUGUAUCAUGAUCGGAUAGUUGAAAUCGGUUCCCCGAUAUUCAAUCGAGUGGGUGUUAUCUUUAUAGCAUUUGAUGUCUUCUUUGCCAUCUUCUGUGUUGUUUUGGCAUGCUUGAUUGACAUUGCUCUCUGUUGUUGUCUGCCCUGCAUCAUUGCUAUUGUUUAUGCUGUUGCAGGACAAGAUGGUGAGUCAGAAGCAGACCUCCAAAAUACAGAUUUUGAUUAUUAA